ACACCCUUAUCAAAAACGCUGAUUCGCAACCCGUCAUAAAAACAGAAGAGGGAAACGCUGAUUCGAGAGGGCAGACAGGUCACUAAAGGGUGUUAGUUUUGUAUUUUUAAUUCGUAUUGAAGAGUUCGAGUUUAAUUUUGUGGUAAAAGAGGUGAGAGGAAGCCAAAUGGGUAUAUUGUACUCAGAGCCCAUGUGUCAGGCAGCAUAUGAGGAUGAUUUUCAAAAAGUGCGAGAACUGAUUUUGUCUGAUGGCAGAAAUGUAAACGUUCAAGAUAAGACCACAGGAGACACACCAAUUAUAGCUGCCUGUAGACAAGGAAACAUCAGGAUGGUCAAAUACCUUCUGGAUCACAGUGCUAAUGUCUCCAUUAGAAAUAAGAAAGACAGGACUUGUCUGCACUAUGCUACAAGAAGAACAUUCACCUUCCUGGACUACCUGAUGAUUAUUAUUUUGAUGCCUAUUCUGUUAAUUGGCUAUCUUAUAAUGGUAGAGAAGCAAAGAAAAAAUGUGAAGAUGGUUGAGCUUCUGUUGACCAGUAAGGUGGAUGUAAAUGCAGUAGACUAUAAAGGAAACAUAGGGCUGCACUAUGCUUGCCAAAGAAAAAGUCAGGAAAUUGUUCCAUUGCUGUUGUUGAAAAAUGCAGAUGUUUCAAUACAGAACAAAAAUCAUGAAACGCCACUAGAUAUUGCUAAGAGGCUGAAAUUCCACAAAAUCGUGGCACUGUUGACAAAAUCAAUGUGAAAGUAUUUAAGGACAUUAAAGGACAAACGUGUGUUAUGUGCACCUACAGUUGGAUCCUUUUUUUUUAUUUGAUCACAUUUUCACACAUUCUAUUAUACUUCCUGUUACAAUAAUACAUUUCUCAUAUGAAAGAUGUUGCCAUACUGAUUUCUGUUUAAACUGUAUAAAAGGGAAUAUAAUAAGUUUUGUUAAAAAAAGUGAAUAAAUGUUUAUUAUAGUCUACAUGUGCUGUAGAUUGUUUGUGUUAUAAUGUUAUUCAGUUAAUUUUUUUUUUUUUAUUAUUUAUGAAUUUGGUUUUCCAUGAUGUUAAUGUUACAACUACAACUUGCAUGUUUAAAUCUCACAAAAAAAGUGGACCAAUGUAUUCAAAAAAGCAAAACUAUGGAAGUUACUUUAGGUUAUUUAUUAUUAAAUGUCUGUUUCAUGUUUA